AGAACCUACCGAAAAUGUCGAGCAGGUAUCACAAAGCAGCGGCCGAUGGCAACUUGGACCUCUUGAAAGAAGCCACUAGGAAAGACCUCAACACUUCAGACGAAGAUGGGAUGACACCCACCCUUCUGGCAGCAUACCAUGGGUAUCUGGAGGCUCUGGAAAUCAUAUGCCGGAGGGGAGGCGACCCGGACAAGUGUGACAUCUGGGGGAACACGCCCCUCCACCAUGCUGCCUGCAACGGCCACCUCCACUGUGUUUCCUUUUUGAUCAACUUUGGUGCCAACAUCUUUGCUCUGGACAAUGAUCUGCGCACUCCCCUGGAGGCGGCUGCCAGCAGGGACCGCAAGGAGUGCGUCCAGAUCCUGGACAAAGCCGCCACCGAGCAGAUCAUGCUGAACCCCAAGAAGGUCUCCAAACAAAAAGCACAGGCCCAGAGGAACGCUGAGAAACAAAUCAAGGAGUGUGAGAGGCGCCAAGAGAAACACCAGCAUGAGAUGAACCGGAAUUACAUGAAAGAAAAGACUGGCACAGUGAAUUCUUCCAGAGGAACACACUCCAGAGUAAAGCUGCCCGGUCUCUUUGCUUCCAACACCACAGGUACUUUUUCCAAAAACCUGAAAGAUACCUUGAAACUGAAGGCAAAGAAGACAGCUGGCAGCACAAGAAGCCAGGAAACACAAAGAAAUGACCAAGAGGAUGAUACAGGUCGGAGAAGUGUGAUGCAUUUGUUUGAUGAGAAAGAGGAGGAUGAGUUACUGAAUGACCUUGAUGAGAAAAACGUCGCUGAUAAUAACAGUCAGCUCUCCAUUUUCCAGCGGCCGGGUCUUGGCAAGAUCGUGUUUGGAAGGAAUUUGGCUGCGAAUGUAAAUCCUGGAACUGUGUCUUCUGAGAAAGAAGGUAUCAGCUUUACAAUGUCCAGUGAGCUCUUCCAGUAUGAAAAUGCUGAGAAUGGCAAGGAAGAUGAUGCUGAAAAUGGUGCUGAUAUCCCUUGGAAUGAGGAAGAAGUCGUUUGGGAUGACGAGGAAGCAGAGAACACACCCCUUGAAGUGUUUCUGGCAUCACAGAUGCUGGAUGAGUUUCUUCCAGUCUUCAUGAGGGAAAAAAUUGAUUUAGAUGCUCUGAUGCUGUGUUCAGAUGAAGAUCUACAGAGCAUUCAGAUGGAACUUGGGCCAAGAAAGAAAGUCCUGAAUGCUGUGAAUAAAAGAAAACAGGCACUCAAGAACCCUGGAAAAACUGUAGAUACUUGCUUGUAAAUAAUGCAACUCCUUUCAGAUAUCUGCUAAAACAAAAGGCAGAGAGGUAACCAAUUGCUUUAGAAAGUACAGCAGGGACAAAGAUUUUUUUCUCUCUACAUAGAUGGCUGUGGUGCACAGGAUAUUAAGUUAAGCAUAUUCUGUUGAAAAGAAAGAAUGUGAGGGUAAAAACCCAAAAAGCUUUUUCUCCCUGAACUGUUUAUGGGGUUUGGAUUUCUUUUGGUCCAGAUAAUUUAAAAUAUCAGUGAAGGCAAGCCAUGCUACAUUCCUUUAUAAAGCCCUUCCUUAUUUUGUCCAAAACCAGAAUGCAAAGAGCAUUCUCAGAGCUUGAGAGCUUUGAGUUUUCUCCAUUUACUUCUGUUUGUUCUGAUCUUCCU